AUGACGACACUGAUAAUUGUACUUUGGCGUCAUCGUUUGAAUUUUCAUGGUUACUGCAAACCAACAACAGUUCCAAAUUUUAGAGUAAUUGUUGUUGGACCAGAAAACUCAAUUAAUGAUGAUACAUGCGUUGAUGUUCACUAUCAAAUUCAGCCAACAUUCGGUUCACGUAGUCAUUGCCACACAUUAUUGAUCGAAAAAGUUCGUGAACUUGUCUCAAAUUAUGGCUUAACUAGACGAAUUAUUGUUACUUUUGAAGCUGAAUUGCAACAUUUGAUGGCUAAAAUUAGGUUUGAAUUGGGUAUUGAGGGACUUCUGCCAGAUCAUGUGGAACAGGUUGUGCAUAUGAAGAAAAUGAAACUUAUUGCUCGAAGAAAUGGCCUUAUGACCCUGAGGCAAACGAUAAUUCCUUUAAAAUCUGAGCCAUCAUUAUGGCUAAAACGUAUUGCCACCCAACUUGAUGGAUUUCCCGUAUUUGUACGAUCGUGUGAAGCGAAAUAUGAGCGUAAAAUAACUCGCCACUCAAUUCAUGAUUGUGAUGAAAUGCAAUCUUGGAUUAAGAGUAAAUUAGAAGUUGAAAGUAAAUACGACAGUGAAUUUAUUGUGGAAGAAUGCUUACGAAAUGGUUAUGAAUUUGUUUCACUAUAUUCCAGUUCGGGUUUCAUUUGUACCAUAGUAAGAAUGAAUGCAGAGAGUACAUCAUUUGAAAGUAUUCGAGAUCAAAAACCAUACGCGUACGAAUAUCUCACAGUGGAUCAAACAAGAGAUAUUUUGCCGGGAGUUGAAUCAUUUGUUUUGCGAACUGCAAAAUCACUUCCUGCACUAUCGAAUUCAUCUUUCAUAUUUAUGAAAGGAUUUUAUAAGAAUCACAAUGAUAUUUAUUUAUUGGGAACUUAUUUGCAACCACUAUGUGAUUCUCAUCGACGAUUAAUUGAGGCUGCGAAUCACGGAAUAGGCUGGGAAAUUCUUCUCCUCAAUUGCAUGGCAAAAGUAUUGCAGACAAUUAAUCAAUCAUGUGAAAUGCAAAAAUCAACAACAAAUCAUCAUGUAUUGGUGAAUUUUCCAAGCACAGAAGGUAUUUUAUUACAUCAGGCAAGUAUAACAAAACGUAAUUCCGAUAUGCGUGUGAUUUGGAAAGCUUGUGAAGGUCAAGAAUUGACCAGUUGUACAUCUUCUGAUGAUAACAUUUUACAGGUAUUCCUCUCGAAUUCAAAUAGAGCAGAAAUGAUCGCUGAUGUCCGAGAUUUGAUUGAAAACACCUACAUUGCUGUUGAUCGUUUAGCUGAUCAGCAUCUUUGUAGUGAUAUGCGAGAAAGAAGUGGUAAUAACCAACUCAUUCGAAGUAUGACAACCUGUGACUAA